UCGGCUUAUUUGUACAAACACACAGAGCAGAAGUUGAAGCAGUGAUUAAGUGUGCAUUGGUGUUCGUCGAGAUUGUUCUCGCCGGGGCCGCCUUAUCGUUGGCUCUGGGGAUUCUCAAGCGCUUUAUGUCGGUGUCACUGAAGGUCAAGGUCAUGACGCUCAAGACCAAGGUCAAGAAGGUCACGAUAAUGGUCAAGGCCUUGUGGUACCUCUUAAACCUCCUGAAAGACCUUGUUAUCCAGAGGGAUCUCACAGAUCCCCACAUACCGGACGGCCGUGAUGCCCUCCAGCACGAUGAGGUCCUGUCCAAGCUGUGCAACCUUCUGCAGGACUUACAUGGGGAGGAGGUAGAGGGACCCAAGCAACUACUGCAAGACCUCUGCGAUGUCUGGAGGAGCCACCUGAAGCAGGACAAGUCUUCAGUAACCGAGGAGAGCUGCACGCACACCACUCUGACCUCGACGGAGGAGUCGAGUUCUGACGAGGACGGCCUUAACGAAUUUGAGCGGCAACUCCUCUGCUGCCUCAAGACGCCGCAGGAGAUAGUAUCAACCUGGGAAGCCAUCGGAGGUCACGAGGACAUCCUCGAGGAAAUCGAUACCCAAGUGGCAGGCAUUAUUAAGUUUAAAAAGUACUUCCCUCAUAACCCAUGCCACCAUCCACCCAGCAUGCUGCUGUACGGGCCGCCGGGGUGUGGUAAGACCAUGAUAGCAGAAGCUGUGGCAAAAAGCUGCGGCAUAAACCUGCUAACGGUGACGUCUUCCCUCGUCACGAGCAAGUGGCACGGUGAAUCGGAGAAACUUCUCAACGCGGUUUUCACCCUAGCUUACAAGAGGCAACCAGCUGGAAUAUUUAUAGACGAGCUGGAUACCUUCUUUUCGAAGAGAGGGGAGAGUGAGGUGCGCGGUUACAUGCUGGGAACGUUCCUCACCAACACCAAUGACUUCGACAGAGAACCAGACAAGCUCAUCUUUAUCAUAGCCGCCACUAAUCGCAUGGACCUUAUUGACUCCGCUAUCCUACGCCGUUUUCCGCUUAAAUUAAAUGUAAACGCGCCGAAUUUUCAGGCCAGAAGACAGAUACUAAAACUUUGCCUCCAAAAAUACGAGGUCGACUCGUAUAUAGACUUAGAAUCGGUAGCUAAAUUAGCUACAAAUUGUUCUGGAGAUGAUUUAAAAAACAUAGUAGAAAUUACUUUUGCUGCUCUAAUACGACAGUACAUUCGGGAAUGUUGCGAAUCAGAUAAAGAUAAAAACUCCGGUGCAACGAAGUUUCAUCAAAGACAUGACCGCGUAGCCUUGCCACCUAUUACUCAACAGAUGCUAAAGAGGCAGGUGAUACUAUACAAAAAGAGGAACAUGUAACUGAGAGAAGGGGAGAGUGUACCCUCUAAGGGUAUUGAGACAAUAAACUAACCCAAGUUAUUUUUGUAAUUAUCAUAAAGCAUUUUUAUUAUUAUCAUUAUUACUAUUUUCGACCACAGACGUGGCCACACAUUUACCAAAAAUUACAUUUGACAUUUAUCAAAAAGCAGUGACUAACUUUCGCCCUCCUGGGCGGAGGUAUACUGAACUCUGUAAAUACUAUAUGACUACUGGAACACUUUAUUAUAUUAUUAAGUUGAAGAUUAUUACAAUAUACUGGACUUGUCCCAAAAUUUGCUAUGUAAUGCAUCAGUUAUACAAUGUAUGUGAUGUAACAAUAA